AUGAUUCUCAGAAGGAAGCGUUUGGUCUUUGGGGGUAUCUUGAUGCUAUUCCAAGCAGCCAUUGCAACUGCUGCUAGAUCAUCCGAUCCAUUUCAGUACAACAUAUGCAAUGGCUUGUCCAAUCAAAUGCUCAUUCAUGCCUCUGCCAUUGCCAAGGCGAUUCAAGAAAAACAUGACAUUGUACAAGUUCCAGACUACUUUAUUGUAAAUGGCGAGCAAACAACGGAUGAUCCCGUCGUACCCUCCAACGAAAACUCGGUCCCAUUGGCGGUCGCCUUUGAUGUACCAGCCUUGCGCAAACGCCUUCUAGAGCUGGGGAUUCAAAUGGAGUUGGUACAAUGGAAUCAUCAAGAUUCAAACAAUAAUACAACCAUGACACAACACCACCAAAAUGCAACCGAGCCAGAGUGCCCUGGCUUGACAUGGCUGUCCAUCGCAGAUCCUCACUUGGUGCUGAAACUACUCAAAGCUUUUCAACCAUCCUCCACUCUCCAAACGCAUAUUGAGAAGGUCAUGGGGCCUCUUCCGAAGCAGCAAAAUGGCAUUUGCUUUCAUCAUCGUGAUGGAACGGACUGGCACGACCACUGUCAGCGAUGGAGUGCACAUUCAAAAAACGAUGGCAUUUAUCGUGGUAAUUGUGAAGCCGACAACAAAAAGCACAGUCUCCUGGAACUACUACAGCAUCGAGCCCUCACUUCCACGGAUCGAUGGAUCUACUAUUGUGGAGAUCACAAGGUACCAGACGAAUUGCAAAACCAAAGUCAAUAUACCAUUGUCACCAAGAGCCAGUUUCUCUCGGACAAGGACCAACGAGCCGUACAUGCACUCAAGCCUGGUUCUUCGGUUCGUGAUUUGUGGGCCUUGAUGGACUUUUUCAUUUGUGGGAGCCUCCGGUAUCUGGUUGGAAACAGUGUGUCCACCUUUUCGGCCUUGCAAAUAGCACUCCGGGAACAAGAAGGGGCAUAUUGGUACAACAGCCAGUCCAUCCCACUGGGAGAUUUUUGGGAUAUCUAUCAAAUACCCAUCGCUUACACCUAUACCGAGUUGAGUGAUGAAAAGGGCAAGUACAUGCUACAGGCAUCGAUUGCUUCGGUACGACAACACAUGCCACGAAACAAGAUCCAUGUCCUGUACCAUGGAAACAAGGACCAGGAGUUUCGUCAUUGGCUGCAGAAGGAGCAAAACGUGACGCUGUACCAGCAUGAGCCACAAUGGCAGGGUUCCAUAGAAAAGAUGCGGCAAAAUGGGAACUCAGCCACGAGUCACUUGUUUCUGCAUGCUGGUAGCUACUUUGGGACGUGGCAACGAAUUGAUAUCCCCAGGUUCAUUGAAACAGAGUAUUGCUUGCUGCUGGACGCCGAUACAGUGAUCAUGCAGCCGUUUACACUCAAGGACUUUGGUCUGAAUCUCACCCACAGCAUUGGAAUGAGUGCCGAACGACAUCGCCAUCACACAGGUAACUUGCUCAACGCGGGAGUAACGCUGAUGAAUGUGCCCCACAUGAGAGCCACAUAUGAUAAGUUCCUUCAUUACAUUUUGGACCAUGUCAAUGAUCCCAAGUUCAAUCAUCCGGCCCCCAGUGAUCAGGGAGCAUACCUGGACUUUUAUCAGGAAACAGUACAGCAAAUCUCCAACUUUUGGAACUGGAAAGCCUAUUGGGGAGUCAAACCGAAGAACAAUAUGUUUAACAAGAUCAAGAUUCUUCACUUUCAUGGCAUCAAGCCACACGAUUACGUGAAAAAGCUCUUGGGACUUUCCUGUGACCAGGCUAUCAAUGACUUGUGCGAGAAGUUCAAGCAACCAAUCUUUCGAUUGACCGUGCAAAAGUUCUUGCAAGCAGCUGAUUCGAUACCAGACUUUCAUCGAAACUACUGUGGAAGUUCUUUCGAUGCAAAGAGACAACAAGGAUGCAUUUCCAUACUGGAUGGCCUCGUGAACAGGAAUUCAAACCAGCACUCUGAUCAGAUGAUAGGAGUAUCAAGAAAGAGGCGUCUUGCUCCAGCUGAGGAAACUGGGUUCUGGGAUGCCUCGGUUUUGAACAAAAAGGUGGUCACGGUGUCGCGACAAUCUGAACCAGGAGAGGACGAGCAGGACACUACAACACCCACGAAGAAAGUUCACGAGCUAUCCUUUGACUAUUUGGCAUUCUCGGAUGAAAUGAUGGCGCAGCGACAAUCGAAGAUGCAAUCCACAUCAUUGCUGUGGCUUCAACUCCGAAUGAUGCUUUUGACAGGGACCGUUCUCACGUUCUUUCUUUACGUUUAUCUUCGAAAGAAUCGACGGCUACUCUUUGUGCUCGUGUGCGGUUCGGUAACAAUACGCCACAUUCUCGCGUUCUCGACCAUGGGACACUCGCCAUCAGGCUUGAAUUCCUAG